GCUUCUUACUGGGAUAAUAGGAUGAGAUAGCCAAUGAUAAGAUGUUCUUAUACUUCUAUAACGGGCAACAUGGAUUCUCCUGAUUGGCCCUAGUCUAGUCUUUCUCCCAACGACGAUCAACUUGCACCUAUUUCACGGUUUGCUGGUGUACGUUUCCCGGAGACGCUUUGACACAUUAACAGUAAAAGUGGUGGGGUUUACGGGUUAGCCAAUGGUUUUGGUAAACAAGCAAAAUUUGUCAAACACCACCGUUUGACGAUACGAUAAACAAACAUAUUCUAGGCAACUACCUACCUUAUAUCAAAACGUCAACCCGCGUCAGGAAAUUCGUAGUUGUUCUACAAAUACCCGAGCAAGAGAACCGUAACCACUGAGUUGACGUAUAGUCCUCUAUGAUUCAUCAGCAUCAUGGCAACCACAGAAACAACACAAAAAUGUGGCAACUCAAAAUGCGACAAGACCUCCAGCUCGACAACUUUACAGCAAUGUGGACGGUGUAAGAAAACAGCUUACUGUUCCAAAGAUUGUCAGGCCGCCUCAUGGCCGACGCACAAGAAGAGAUGCCACCACCAGAACUACAUUGUGAAAUUCCAGUUAGCACCUGAGAAGAUCACAGAUCCGCCUGUCUUUCGCACUCUCUCCUGUCCCGCCGACGCUGUCUUCUAUCACCUGCACAUGGCCCUACAACUUGCUUUCGGCUGGUCAACUACCCACUCCUUCGACUUCGCCGUGCUAAAUCCAGACUAUACGAUGCCAGACGACCCGCUGAGCAUGUACCAGUACAUGAUGAUGACGUCUAGCAUGGGGCGACAGCCCGACCCAUCCGCACCGCAGGAAUAUCUGUUCCGCGUCGUCGACCCCGUCGAGCAGACGGCCUUCUCCGGGAUUGACCGCAUGCAUGAAGGCACAAGACGGCACCCGAACACCAAGGAGAAGAAAGCAGACUCGUACAAGCUGCGCCACCUCUUCGACGACCCGAAGUACAGCGGCCACAAGAUGGUCUAUACGUACGAUUUCGGCGACAACUGGGAACACGAGAUGACGGUUUUAGGGCGCACAGAUGCCACGCAUGAUUUUGUGUGCCUCGACGGCGCCGGCCACUACGUCGCUGAAGAUGUAGGAGGUACGAGAGGCUGGCAGAAUCUCAAGGAGGCAUAUCGCACCGCGCGGCCCAGCGCGGAGCAGCGUGAUAGAAGGCGGUGGUUCGAGACGCAGUGCAGCAAUGCAGAUGCCGCUGGCUUAGCGGGCGACCGCGUCAACGCCUGGGACCGCCAGGCAAUUAACGAGAAGCUCAAGUCUGACCGGCUAUUUGAUCAUUUUGAUCGCAUGGCAGAUGCGAGCGCGGCCCAGGCGGAACAGUAUGAGCAGUCUAUGCGGCAGCGUAGAACAUAGAGCAACUAAGGCAUGAUAGGAAAUUCGGUGUACGUACCUAGGUAGACAGCAGUCGAUACCCAUCUUGCGUUGUUUAUGAUAGUCGCCGAUGUAAGGCUAACCAGAUGAUAUACCUAUGUGUUUGGCUGCCUAACAUGUGUGUUUACCUAAUACAGUAAAGAUACGAACUCACCUCUAAUAUGUAAAUCCGAGCGGGAAAUGUGGUGAUCGCUCCGUUCCUGCAGG